AUGGGAAUAAAUCGUAAAUUAACAGUAGCUGAAUGCUCACAAAUUAUUGGUCUUUUCAAAGGCAGUCACAAAAAGUCUGACAUUAGUAAAAUUCUUGGAUUUAAAGUUUCAACUGUAAAAAAAACCAUCCAGCAUUAUGGUGAUUCAGAAAUGCCAGUAAGCAAAAAAAGAAUUGGUUGGCCCAAAUUGCUUGGUGAGGAUGAAAAAAAUAUUUUGGGGGAAAUCAUUAACAGUAAUAACCGAACACCAGCUAGUGAGAUAAAGGAAUCCUUUUAUCAAUCAACUGGUUUAAAUAGACAUGCUUCUUUGAAAAUGUCAACUCUUUUUGAAGUAUCAGCUCUAUUAAUUUCUAAUGGAGAUGAUCAUA